ACCAUACGAGCCUUGCCUAACCUUAGCCUUGAUCAUGCCCCACUAAGCAAAGCUCCCCUCACCCCGCCAUAUCUAUCUCCCUUUCUUUCUUUCUUUCCCACCUUCCCACUUCUCACCUUAUUACAUACAUACAUACAUACACCCAUACCUGUAAGUUUCCAAGUCUCUUUUAUUUACAUUUCUUCAACAUCUCAGGCAAGAGCAGAAGCAAGAAUUAAAAAAUCAUAAGGAUAUUUCCUUCGCACUCUGCGACUCAUACUCGAUUGAGGAUAUAAGACUAACAUCCCUUAUUUACUCUAGCUACACAAACUCAAACCCAAUCUCCCACACGAACAGAGAAAAUAGCAAUUAAAUAACAAACGCCAAGAUGUCCGCAUUUGAUACCGCAGUUGUUGAUUCAGGAAAGCUUACGAGUAAGCCUGCAUCUGAUGAUUUGCUCGAGCUUUACAGUAUGUGCUUUUUCUUACUCUUUCGUUGGUUUUCUUGGAUAUUUUUAUGUACAGCGGAUUGAGGAUAGAAAUGAGGAAUGGAACUAUAUAGAAAUCGGGUUACUUAGGGAUGAUGAAUAGGAUUGACGAUCGGGUGUGGAAGCUGAUGAUGAAUGACUGGUGAAUAGAUGAGUAGGUAAAGGCUAACACUUGGUGUGAUAAAUAGGUUUGUACAAGGUAGCUAUUGGUGAUGAUAUCUCCAAGGCUGAGGCUCCAGGAAUGUUUGAUAUUAAGGUUCGUUUAUCUAUUACUGUCUUUCCCCUCCUCCCUCUCUCUCACGUUCCAUCCCAUUACUCCCAUCCUCAUCCUUAUUCUCGCACUUCAAAACUAACACACCACCCCUCAAUCCAUAGGGCAAAGCCAAAAAGAAGGCCUGGCAAGAAAAAGUCGACUCGGGAAUUACAUCCGACGAAGCCAAAGAAAAAUACGUCGCUAAGGUCGAGGAAUUAAAGCAAUCAUGUGGUUAUGAUGCCGACAAGGUUCCUGAGUCUGUUGGUGGAAAAUAGAUUUUCGUAGAUUUUGAGUGGAAGGCGUGAACGAGAAGAUACAAAGAUCAGAAAUGCAUACAUAGCGUAGCUCGGAAUGAAGAAAAUGAAAUAGAAAAACGGAUGACAGAUUAUAAGUGGAGUUUUGCGUUUAUGUUUAUCUUUACGUUUGUGUUGUCGGUGUCGUUUAGUUUCAAUAAAGAC